CCCCGCCUAUGGCAUUGCCAGCGUAGGUAAUUAGCCCGUGAAUCGAUAAUUACUAAUCGCCUCCGCAUAAUCUGGCAACUUUCCUCACCAACUCCACGUCUCCUCGACGUAUUCGUACGGUCACCAGAUCCUCCCAGCGCGCAUACACAGACGGUCUAGCUCACCUCCCUAAUCGGUGGAAUCCAUCGACAACCCGUCCCGUCCCUUAGCGAGACAAAAAAACGGACCAGCCCAAGAAAUCCAAACGGGGGGCGCCAGGAAUCGCAAGAGAGGCGUUAACUGCAACGAGCAGGACGAUGUAACAGCGUCAUAUCGGCUCGCACCACGAUCGCGACGAGGAAAAAAAGGGGGCCCAAAGACGAAUGCCAUAUUGUAAUAAAAUAAAAAAGCAAGAGAAAGCACAAAGAAAGAUACAGCAGCGCCAUGGCCUCGUCCCAGUACGGCUCCCUGGCCCCUAUCCAGCAGUACAACCAGCUCGCCCUCCAGGCCGCCGCCGCCGCAUCCUCGCAGCACCACCAGCUCCACCACCGCCAGCCGCUCCAAGCCGCCGCGCCCGCCCCCGCGUACCCACGCCCGCCAAUCCUGCCGCCCGCCAACGGGCUCCACGACGCCUCGGCCUCGCUGCCCGGCGCGCCCGCUGCCAGCAACACUGGCGGCGGCGGCGGCGGAGCCAUCAGUAGUGGCAGCAGCAGCAGCGGCAACGUCCGCAGCGCCCCCGGCGACGGCGCCCUGACGCCCCCGCAGGCCAAGCGGCGGCGCGUCGGGCGGCCGCCCAAGUCGGCGGCGGCGCGCGAGUACCAGGGCUCGGCAGCGGGCCCACCGGCGGCAGCGCCGGCGCGGCGGCCGCCGGAGGAGGAGCAGCACAGGCCGCACCCGCUGAACAAGGGCCCGUACGCGACGGCGGAGGACGCGGUGUUCGCGCUGCAGCUGCACGUGUUCACGUCGGGGUACGGGGUGUCGCAGAAGCGGACGGUGAAGGAGAAGCUGGCGUCGGGGCGGUACGACCCGGACGGGGAGGUGAUCCGCAAGGACUUCACGUGCGACCGGGGCGGCAGCGAGUUCGUGUCGCACAGCACGGGCGAGCGCCGGCGCGAGAGCCGCAAGUGCGGCUGCGCCUGGCGGGCCGUCGUCCGCCUGCUCAAGCGCGAGGGCGACCGCUGGUUCGUCGACGUGCUCGACCCCGCCCACAACCACGCCGCCACCCCCCCCGCCCAGAUGCACACCGUCGCCAGCUACCGCCGCUGGCAGCGCGACAACAACGCCGGCGUCCGCGCCGCCAUCGCCCGCCUCGCCCGCGCCGCCGCCCUCCCCGCCCCCCGCGUCGCCGCCUACCUCCGCGGCGACGCCCCCGACCCCGACCUCGACCGCGUCGACCGCCACAUCCUCCGCGCCCUCUCCAUCAGCGACGUCGAGCUCCCCCCCGCCGCCGCCGACCCCGCCCGCCCCCAGCCCGCCAUCGUCUUCGACGUCGUCGCCCACCGCCCCACCAUCGUGCUGCAGAGCGGCGGCGGCGGCGGCCCCGGCGCCGGUGCUGGCAGCGCCGCCGACGCCGACGCACCGGACCCCGGCGCCGGCACCGGCGCCACCCUCGAGAGCUACAUGAUGCGCUACGGCCAGCCGGCUGCCUAGUUCGGCGACGGCGCGAUCGGGCUAGGGGCGUGCGUCGCACGUGUCACACCGGCUCUCGCGGGGCCGCGGGACAAGCACGGCGCGGCCGGUCCGUGCAGGAACCGGGCUGUCGGUGUUGGCGGCCUGACUCGUCCCAUCGCCCUGCUCGCCUCUCCGCCACGACGCAUGGCGGCUUGUGCGGCCGAAGGAAAGAAGAAGAAAAAGAAAGGAGGCAAAAUCCCCUUGUUUGCGUCCCCUCGCGAGCUGCGGCCGCCGACGUCUCGAGAGGGAGAAGGAGAUAGGGACGAGGGCCGGGGUGGACGGGGGAUCUGUA